AUCACUUCUCCGAUGUUGAUGAAGAGAGACCCUUAAAUUGUUCAUGUUUUCCUUGGUGAGGGUGGAUUUUUAAUUUUCGCAAAUAUUGACGAAUGCCUUGAGUCUGAAAUUUAUCAUCAAGAAUUGAUCAUUAUAGAUAAAAAAUAGAGACUAUUAAUGAUAAUUGUUAUUAAACAAUGUGGAAAAGGAACUGAAUUCGUAAGAAUUCCCAGCGGUAUUUGUUUCCAAAGUUUUGUUUAAUUCUAAGUGUUUCUAUAUUUAACACACUCCGGUAAAUUAUGGAGAAUUUGGUGCAAACGCGUACUAGAGUGUACAUCAGUUCCACGAUGGACUUUAAAUCGCGAGUUAAGAACUGGUGGAAGAAACUCAGAGUGAAAACUGUUUUUCAACACAUUGGACUUCUGGUGGCGCUCAUGUGUUAUACACUGAUAGGAGGCCUGAUAUUUCGCCGUCUGGAGUACCCCGCAGAAAUAUCUCGAAUCAGGCACUUCAACUCGACAGUACUCCACAAAAGACAGUAUUUAAUAAAUUUCAUAACAAAUAAUACCAAGACGUCAAAUUUAGAUUAUUUAAUUUCCAAUGAACUACUCGAAUAUGAAAAAUUGCUGCAAGAUUCCUUCGAAGCGGGCAUUCUGAGAUUUCCUGAAGAUGAUCUGGAAAAAUGGACAACACUAAAGGCUGUUUUCUUCUCUUCCACAGUUUUGACAACGAUAGGUUAUGGCCACAUCGUACCAAUGACAACCGAAGGUCGCGCUUUCUGCAUCGUCUUUGCCCUCGUGGGGAUUCCUCUAACCCUCACUGUUAUCGCCGAUUGGGGACGAUUGUUUGCAACUACGGUUUCCACGGUUUUUCGUCAUAUUCCUCCACUUCCUGUCAGAUUCAGGAGUGCUAUGACAGCAAGAAGAACGUCUUCCUAUGCGUUUUCAGCUGUGUGCUUCCUAUUUAUCUAUCUAGCUGCUGGAGCUGGACUUUUUGUUAUCUGGGAAGAAGACUGGACUUUCUUUGAAGGAUUCUAUUUCUGCUUCAUCACCAUGACCACGAUAGGAUUUGGCGAUAUUGUUCCAAAGCAACCGAAGUAUAUGCUUCUCUGCACUCUGUACAUCCUCGUGGGUUUGGCGUUAACUUCGACGAUUAUAGAAUUGGUGCGCCGACAAUAUGCUCAUUCUUGGAGGCAAUUACAAGCUCUUAGAGGACCUCUAGCAGACAACUUCAGGAAAUUCGCUGAAAAUGCACCUAACUUGGAUGUACUAGCUUUCCAGCAGGAUCUAAUGAAAGUCCUAACAGUGGUUACUAUGCCAAGAAGAUCACACAAGAAGGAGAAGAAAAUGAAGCGAAAAGAGUGGGAAGAUGCUAUUGAAGCUGCAAUUCGGGAUCUCACUGCAAAUGCCACUGAACAUAAACCCCAAGUUCUACAAAUUGUUAUUUACGAAAGUUCAGUAUGAAGUGAUUCAUAGUGCUUCCUUGUAUUUAAGAGCUUCCGUGGAACGAAAAUAUGUCGUGUUGAUCUUCGAUUGUUUUAUCUAGACUCUAACAUGGAAUGGGACGAACAUAUAACAUAUAUACUGAUGAAAAACUUCAAAAUUUUACAUAUAAAUUGAAUAUCUGAAAAAAAAUUACAUAGCCUGAAAAUUGUUUAUCAUUCAUUAGUUGAAAAGCAUUUACAGUACUAUAUACUGCCUUGGCGUAGUGCCCUCAGAAUGUAGUGCCCUCAGAAUAUAUAUCCAACUCCUUGAAAUGUUACAAUAUAGAUUUUUGAAACUAAUCACACAUUUGAUGAACUUUAUCCAAACAGCGGAAUAUUAGAGAUAAGCCUAUUAUAUUACUUGAAAAUUGA